AUGGCUAUCACCGAGCCCCAAGAUGUGCCCGUGGCCAACGGCAAUGCUGUGCCCGCAGAGACAACACCCGCAGUGAAGACACAAUCUGAGCCUACUUCAAACUCAAUUGACCUCGACCUCCCCACCUCUGCUACAGACGGCCUCGUCCAGAAGCCUUUUCCUAAACCGCUGGCCGAGUCCAAGCCCAACCCGCCUGCACAGCUCACCGAUGACCAGCAAUCCAAGUAUGAUGCCCUACUCAAGACUGCUUCAUCAUGGACCACAGUCGCCACUAAGGCAGAGAAGAACGCCCCUACCGAACCCAUCACCGAAGACGAGCGCAUGUGGUUGACUCGGGAAUGUCUCCUGCGCUACCUCCGCGCGACCAAGUGGAAUGUUUCCGAGGCUGAGACCCGCCUCCAGAGCACUCUUACAUGGCGCCGCGAGUAUGGGUUGGCGAAGUUGACUCCUGAAUAUAUCUCAAUUGAGAAUGAGACUGGCAAGCAAGUCAUUCUGGGCUUUGAUAUCAACGGACGGCCAUGUCUGUACCUCUUGCCCUCCAACCAGAACACAGAGAAGAGCGACCGCCAGCUUGAACAUCUUGUCUUCAUGCUGGAGCGAGUCAUUGAUAUCAUGCCCCCUGGCCAGGAGACUACGGCGCUUAUUGUCAACUUCAAGGAGACCAAGUCUGGUCAGAACGCAAGUAUUGGCCAGGCCAAGCAGACGCUCAGCUUCUUGCAAAAUCACUACCCCGAGCGACUUGGUCGGGCUUUGGUUCUCAAUGUGCCUUUCCUCAUCUCUGGAUUCUUCAAGUUGAUCACACCCUUUAUUGAUCCCAACACUCGGGAGAAGCUCAAGUUCAAUGAGGACUUGCGUCAACACGUUCCCCCAAGCCACCUCAUGAAGCCUGUGGGUGGUGAUGUUGAAUUCCGGUACGAGCAUGACGUUUACUGGCCUGCUUUGAACAAGCUGGCUGAACAGCGCCGUGAGGCAUACCGCGAACGCUGGGUCCAGGGUGGCAAGCUGGUGGGUGAGUUGGAGAACUACCUGAAGGGCGAGGAUAUUCCCGGCCUCUCGCAGUCCAGCGGCGAAGCCAAGGAAUCAGCCUGA